GCCCGAGCCGGGGGGCGCCCCUGGAGCUGCUGGGGGGAGCGGAGCUCGCCGACCUGGUGGCCUCGCUGCCCGGCUUCCUGCUGGCCGUGACCCGCGAGGGGAAGCUGGUCGGGGUCACCGACAACGUGGCGCAGCACCUGGGCCACUCCAUGGUGGAUCUGGUGGCACAAGGGGACAGCAUCUACGACCUGCUGGACCCCGCCGAUCACCCCCUGGUGCGGCACCAGCUGAGCCUGCCCGGGCCCCCCCAGGCAGAGCGCCUCUUCCGCUGCCGCUUCACCACGUCGCGCGCCUCGCGCCGCCCCAGCGCCGGCCGCAAGCUGGUGCUGCUGCGGGGGCGCUUCCAGGAGCCCCCCGGGCCCCCCGGCGCCGCGACCCCCGCCCUCUUCGUGGCCUUCUGCGCCCCCCUGGACCCCCCGCCCUGGCCCUGCCCCGACUGCCUCCUGCUGCCCGCCUUCCAGAGCCGCCACGCCCGCGACCUCCUGGGCGUCCUGGUGCACCUGGGCUACGGCCGGGCCGAGCUGCUGGGGCGCUCCUGGUACCGCCUGCUGCACCCCGAGGACCUGGGGCACGUGGCCCGCCAGCACCUGCGCCUCGCCGGCGCGGGGCCGGAGGCUCGAGGCGAGGUGGUCACUCGGCUGCAGCGCAAGGACGGCCUGGGCUGGACGUGGGUCUACGCCCGCCUGCGGCCGGAGGGGCCGGCCCUGCUCGCCCACAACUUCAUCAUCAGCGAGGCCGAGGCCUGGUGCCUGCGGCAGCAGCUGGCGGCCGAAGCCCCCCCGGGACCCCCGGAGCCGUUCGGGCCCGGCCUCGACUUCCCCGGCGGCGACCUCGGGCCCGGCCUGGACCUGGACGUGGGGCCCGGCCUGGGCGACGGCGUGGGAGCCAUCGGCCUGGCGGUCAGCGCCGGCUGCGGCCUCGGAGCCGACGUGGGCCUCGGACACGGCGCUGCGGCCGCCGCUGACCCCGGCCUGGGGCCUGGCCUCGGACACGGCCUGGCAGCCAACGCCCCGGCCACCGUUGACCCUGGACUUGGAGCCGCCAUCGGACACGGCCUUGGGGCCACCACCGCGGCCACCAUCGACCCCGACCUCGGGACCGCCAUCGGACACGGCCUUGGGGCCACCGCCGCGGCCACCGCUGACCCCGGCCUGGGAGCCGCCAUCGGACACGGCCUGGGAGCCAACGCCACGGCCGCCAUUGAUCCUGGGCGCCAUCAGGGCCAGCCUCUGGACUCGGACACAACACUGGCCUUGGACAAAACCCCGGCCUUGGACAAAACCCCGGCCUUGGACAAAACUCUGGCCUUGGACACAACGCCGGCCUUGGACAAAACCCCGGCCUUGGACAAAACUCUGGACUCGGACACAACGCCGGCCUUGGACACAACGCCGGCCUCGGACAGAACCCUGGAAUGGGACACAACUCCGGCCUUGGACACAGCUCUGGGCUCGGACAGAAUCCUGGCCUUGGACAAAAUGCCGGCCUCGGACAAAACCCUGGCCUUGUACAAAACGCUGGCCUCGGACACAACGCCGGCCUUGGACAGAGCUCCGGCCUCGGACAGAGCCCCGGCCUAG